AUGACAUGAUCCGUUCGUGAAGAAUGGAGCUCUGUCGGUAGCUGCCUGUUUCGCAAUAAAUAUUUACCCGAUUUCGUGAAGAAAAUGGCUAAAAUUCAUCUGUGCAGUUGUUUCGAAUGACUAUCCACUUUUCUUUAAUACGGUUAAUAAUUUGUGAUACCUCCGUUUUACCUAGGUUUUUCGUGUAUCAUCGACGUUUCACUCCCUGUUUGUGAUCAUUAGUCUGUAUUGGAUUGUUUGUUUAAAUUAGACUAACACCCAAGUGCGAUUCGUUCUCAUUGUUUUUACAGACGGUUUAUUUCUGUUAUUAGUUUUCCAUGGUCCUCAGAAUGAAGUCCUAUUGACCCUCAUCUCAGGACUCUCUUGGUUAGACAUUCCCUCCCCAGAGCCACUAAAAAGUGUUGAGUGCAUCCUUCCACUGGUGGACCAACAGCAUAUCAACAUUAGUAAGUGGAUGAGUGAUAAUAAUCCAAACUCAUGUGAAACUGCAUUCCACCGUAAGUCCUAUUGAUUUGCAAUGAAUAUUUUCGAGGAAAGGAGUGUGCCAUAAAAAGCAUUUUGAAUGAUUACAUUAAUCAGAGGAAGCAGUUAUGGAUCCUGUCGGACCAUGGUCUGCCUGUGCCACUUCUUACAAUAGCCUGGCCGGGGUAACUGGCCUGAAUGCUAGUGCAAGUGAGAUUCAUCAUCAAUUGGCAGCUAGUGGCAAUCCUGGAUCAAUGAACCAAAGUGGUGCUGGAUCUUCGUCCAAUGCCCAACAACAAGCUCGAUCUUUACUGCAAGCAGCGCAAGGAAAUCCCGGUGGAAGCUCUGCAAAUGUUUCUUCUUUCAAUGUCGGAGGCUUUUUAUCACCCAAUAACUAUGGUUCAGUUUUCUCUUCCUUUUUCCAAGCUAAUUCCAAAGUACCGCUCAAUAGUGUUACUUCAGGUGGAACAGGAGAGCGGCAAACAUCCAAGCACGAGGAUCCUAAAAUAGAUCUGCCGUACCUAAGAGAGAAUCCAGCUUUAGCUCAUCCCAUAGGCAGCAAUUUUUACAGUCAUUCACCAUCAGUUUCAUCUACGCCUAGCACACCUUGGUCUCAAGGAAACAGCCAAUACCCAAGUCCUUUCGGAUUGCUGCCCCACGAGACAAGUUCCAAAAGUCUCUAUGAAAAUGCAUUCAGUACAAAUUUUUUGUCUGCCCAAGCAGUUAACCAACUUAAUACUCAGUCUCGAAGUUUUCUUGAUGAUUCUAGAAAUGACUCCAAAAAGUCAAGCUGUCAUUCACCUCAAGUUGCCUUACCGAAAACUACAUCAUCUCUUGCCACCAAUUAUAGUUCAGUGAAUUCAAGUUUUUAUCAGCAAUCCAACAAUCGUGCGUACAGUCCCGCCAGUGAAAAUGCCCGUCGAAGCACACAGUACCCGCAACAAAGUUGUCCGACAACAUCAUCGGUCACAUCAACUAACCCAAAUCGACAUGUUUCUGGUGUGAGCAGUAAGACGUCUUCAGUAGCUAAUUUCGCCUCUCUCAGCCCUGAAAAAACAUCUGGCAAAGCUAAUUUAUCGAAAAAUGUCACAAAUAAAGUACAAUCAGAGCCUCAAAGUAAGGUUUACACAGAAUUGAGAUCUGUCGAUGCAAGAAAUGUCAUCGAGUCGAACAAAUCUGCCUCCUCAAAAGCCUCCUUCCAGAAAAUGCAAAAUUGUCGUCCUGGUGCCCAGAACUUCAGUUUGUCUCCUUGCAGCUCAGGAUCAGUUUCGUCUGACUCACAGCGGAUGCAAUGUCAGCGUCCCGUUACUCAGCAGAAUCCAAGCGCAUCAAAUUACAGUCAGUUUGCUAGCCCUGGAAGUUGCUCAGAGACGGAUUUUCUUGUAAAUAAUAGUAGAAAUAAAACAAUGUCUGUUUCUGGCGAUUCCCCAUAUUCAUCUAGUUCCUCCCAGAAUGGGUCUGAUUGCAGUGUGAACACCUCUAAGAGAAUAAGUCCACAUCCCAAUCAAGCCAGCCCUGGUCGUCAUAUCACCAAUCCAGCAUACUCUCUGUAUAGCAACACUAUGUCAACUCUUACAUCCCCUAACACACUACAACAUCAGCAGCUAUGUGAUCCUACGAGUAACUUCUUAAAUGGUAAUUAUGCUUCAAAACAAUCUACUCCCACACCCAUUUCACCCCAAGACUCUUCGAAUCUUCGAACUGUUGGUCACAAUUAUUCAAACUCUUCAGCGUAUCCAUCAGCCAUAGCUAAUGCUAAAACAUACAACUCGCCUGAAUUUAGCAGUAAAGCAUGUUGGAACAGCCCUGAGCAAAGUUCAAGAGGGAAUUUUACCAAUGAGUAUAAUCAAGAAGCCGCUUUUGGAGCUCAUGUCCAAUCGCGAACAGCUCUGACAAGUAAUGACCCACGCCCAGUAUCGUAUGAUAAUCAAGGAAGCAGCCAAUUAUCAUAUCAAGAUCUCAAUACUUCCCGGAUCAAUAGUUUAAAUACCGCUAAAAAUCUAAGUGCUGCCGAGUUAACAAAGAAGAAUGUGGAGACUGAAUUGCGACGAAGUCCUGUCAGAGGCACCAAGCCAGGAAAAAAGAAGAGGAAAAGUUCUGAGGCAAGUGACCUGUCAGCGCAAUCUGCUUUUGUUCACUCAAGUGAGAUGUCUCCUCAUUCCACUGGUAUACAACCUUAUCCAUACCCUUACUAUGAUUAUGGGAGAUGGAAUGCACCGAAUCCUCAAAACCUUUUCAAGCCUGGUUUUGACCCUUCGUUUGUUCCUCAGUUUGCCAAUAGAGGUGGAGAAAAUCAGCAAAACCAAUUACUUUCACUACAACAGUAUCAGAAUGCUCAGUUUUUAUCACAUCGACCAACUCUACACUCUCUCUCUCCUGUAUCGCAGAAGCAACUUAAUGAUCGAGGUGUAAAGACUGUUUUCGAGACUGGAGGAGGAAGUGAAUCUUCAAAAGUAAUUGUUCCUGAUGUUGAUGAGGAAUUAGAACAUUUAGCAGGUGUUAUUCCACCAUCCAAAGAUUGUGAUGCUACAAAUUUAGAUGGAGGGAGUAAAAGUGCUGAAAACUCGGAGAGCUAUCCUCCCCCUCAAUCUACUGAAAAACGCAUCAUGAACAUGGUUGAGAAGUCUAUCGUGCCUGUAGCUAAAUUAAGUCCAAAGAUUGCCUCUCCUGGUUUUAUUGGUAGCUUUUUAAAGUUUCUCCAAGGUGAAAGAGAACCAUCACCACCCCCCUCGAGUCGCCCCCCACGAGCCAAGCUCUAUCAGCCGCCUGAACCCCCCAAAAAGCCGGAGAUUACAUCUUCAGUCGAGCAAAAUGUUACUCUCGGAGUAGGGAAUGAAGCUGCCUACCCUACAGGAACAACUGUUCCUUCAAAGCAAAAAAGUAUUACGAGCAAUGUGUCUUCCCAACCAGCCAUUGACCCUCGAGAUGAUCUAAGAUACUUUCCACUCCCAAAGUCCUCCAAGAAGUCCUUAAAUAGUUCCAGUGAAGACUCUGACUCGGAAACCACACCCAAAGCUACUCCUGCACCCAAAUCACCACCAUCUCAAACCCCAAAGGCUGUUCCUGCUGCCCCUGUGGACAGUAAACCCAAAGAAUUACCACCGAAGAAGAAAUAUUACGUGAAAAAAGCUGACAGAGUGCCUCCUACAGAACCAAAACUACCAAAAGAGCCAAAAAAGAAGGAACUCAAAGAGAUUAUUCCUCAGCCAAAACCUAAACCCACUGCACCCAUUGUUAAGUUGAAGAAAAAGCAGAAGAAAGACAGACGAAAAGGAGAAAGCUCUGAUGAAGGCUCAGAAGAUGAAUAUGAAGGUGUAUCCAACAAUGCAAAAAUCAAUCGUGAAAACAUAGAUGUUAAACUUGUCAUAAAAGACAUCCCAAGUGAUAAAAGUAAAGAAAAACCUUUCAAGCAGAAAAUAUCUCAAGGCAAAAAACCCGUCAGUUCUAAAGUCCAAGGAAAGGAAGUGCCGAGAGCUACAUCACCUAAUUUACCAAGGCGAGAAACAGUGGGUAGAAGAGCAAAAGAGAAAACAAAUAUCAUCCUAGCGAUGAAAGACGAUGAAGAUGAUGAUCCAGAAUUCACCGAUUCGGAUGAAGAUCCUGCUUGGACUCCGAAGGCAGCAAAGGAUGAAGGAUCUGAUGAAGAGGAGAAGAAGAAGCCUAGCAGGAAGAAGUUGAGACUGUCCGUAAAUCUGACAAAGAAAAGCAGUCAUCUUAUCGAAGAUAGCAGUUCUGAUCAUGAAAGUGAUGCAGCUCAUUCCUCUAAAAAACGGAAAUCUGCUGUUAAAAUAUCUGGUAACUUCAAAAACACUUCCGGUGAUAUGAAGUCCAAAAGUGACAAAAAUGCAGCUUCUACUAAAAAUUCAGGCGAAAAGACUGGUGAUGCAAGGAAUAACAGUCUUGAGGCCUGUAAUUUCGGUAAUGGAGACUUUGUAAUAGUCAAAUCUGAUGUUCCACUAGAUCAUCCCCCACUGUGGCGUGCAGAUGGCAAAAUGUUGCUUCAGAAAUUUGAAAGUUUUGAAAAGAAUGGUGAAUGGUUGCACAAGAAUAUUUCCACGUUUUCAGGAUGGACUCUUCACAACAAACACAACUAUGAGCCAGUAUCUGUUAAAAUAAGGCAAGUCACCAAACUGGAAACGAUAGUAAAGUUUAUUCGUCCCACUGGAAAAUACACAGCUGCAGAUAACCAAAAAAUUGAAGAACUAAUGAAAAUAACAAACAACUUUCAAGAUAAUUUUGAAGUGUAUAUUCAGACAUUGAUCUCUCAAGCUUUAGAUUCAAGUUUUUUGAAAGAAAUUCUCUCUGAGAAAGAUGAAUAUUUCUUGACCAGUGUGAACGCAAUCGAUGAAAUCACCCUAGAUAAAACUAAAAAACUCAUCCAACAGCUCAAUUGGAAGAACGAUCUGGUAACAGCUUUACAAACUUACCCCUGUUUCAACGAAUUGACCAAUCUCUCUCAAAAAGACCGAGAAAGCAGAAUGUGUGUGGGGUGCUCUAGCGACCUUCUAAUGUAUCGCAUUGUAGUCUAUGGACUACCAUAUGAUAAUAUAACAUUAGCAGGAGUCACAUCAACAAGCACUGCAACAAAAAAAGAAUAUCUCAUGUGUCAAGAUUGUGAUGGCAAGUUACGUAUCUUCAACAAAGUUGCACAUCAAAAAUACCUGAUGUUCAUGGAAUCCUCCAAAAUGGUCGCUGCCAAAAAAGCAGAAGAUAGUUCCAAAGAUACAGCAGUCAUUUUGAACGAGUUACUGGCAGAUGAAGAAUGGUUACAUCAGUUGUUCAAAAAGGUGCAGAGAAAUUGGGCUGAAAUAGAUUUAAUGGAGCUGAAGAGCAAAAACCAAAGUGGAAUCUAAGGCUCUGUUCAAGCUAGCUACGCUGACUUCAGGAGUAAUCUCAGGAUGCUGAAAUAAGCCAACUUGCGAUAUCACAUUUUAUCUUACUAUCUCAUUUCCUGGUGAUUACAUUUUACCUAAAACUGUAGCAAGCUACGAGCAGGAAUAUUUCUUUCCAUUAAAUUUGAACGCCAUAAGUUAAUCUUGUGAGAAAAUAAGGUCGCUGAAACUGAUGAAAUCGUAGUGGAGUCAUCAAAACAUUACUUAAUCUUCAAGUUUCCUCUUUUUUCAUGAGGAAACUGCAUUUUGUGGUCAAUAAUUACCCCAUAGUCAGGAUGCAAGUCCAGCAGCAAGUUCUAGUGUCAUACGAAAUAGAAUUUGCCUCCUUCUCUGACCUUUGACUUUUUUUUUUUUUUUAGCUUUGACUGUGUUUCGACACAAUUGAUGUAACAGAAGUUAUGAAUAGAUGAAGUCAGAGUCAAUUGAUACAAUGUUACUGCAGGUCAGGGUCAUAUUCAUAGUUGUUCCUUGUGCAGCUCCUUCCCUUAAGGAAACCCAUAUGUUUACUUUGCAAUUAAGUAAGGUUGAAGGAUAUCCUAAACACAGCAUCCUCAAAAGGACAAUUUCUGCAAACAUCCAGUUAAAUUCAGCACUACAACUUUGGAAAUUGAUCCUUAGAAGGGAUUAAAAUGGUUCGCCAUUGCAAAAAAUACAACAUAUGGAAGGGGAAAUUUCUUCAAUUUUGAUGAACUUCAAGAUAAGUGCAAAUCUACUUUAACACUUACAAAACUUGCAUUAUAUUUUCUUCCGUGUUUUCUACUUUUUGCAAUGGCAAAUCAUCGUGAUCUCUUGUAAAGAUCCAUUCCCUCAGUUAUUCUAGAGCCCGUUUUGGAUAACUUGUCUUUCUUUGUUGUAUGCAUGGAAGAGAGAAUUCCCUGUUCUACGCCUACGGCGGAAAAGGACAAGUUAUGAGAACCGCACUCCACUGAAUUUAACCUGAGGUUUGCAUAAAUCGCCCAUUGUAUGAUACUGUGUUAAGGAUUGCCUUCAACCUCCCUUAAUCGCAAUGUAUAUCACCUCCUUAGGAAAAAAGCUGUUAGAGGAACGACUAUGAACACCUACAGCCCUUACUCUUUUAUACUUAAGGAGUUUAUCGUGCAUUUGUAAUUAUUUUCUCCGCAUGUACCAGAGACUCAGUUAUCAUUUGCUCAGCAGGCUGAUUAUUUUCGCGUCGAUAUCUGAAUCGAUAACUUGACAAAAUUCAUUUAACGAUCGACCAGUAGACCAUCGACACAUAGUCGACGUGAUUAUUUUGCCGCAUUUAUCGAUAUCGUUAACAGGAUAAACGGUUGCAACGUUGCCGUCGUGCAAACAAAUAAUCAACCUAUCACAGACCGUCUACUGGUCACGUGAUUGGCUGCCAGCGCUGCGGCUUGGAGCCGCUGCGGCGAAUUUCAGAACUAACUCUAUUUUGAGGUUAUGUUUACUUCGAAAUGGAACGAUAGCCCGGGGGGCAACCUUUAGUUAACGACGCAUUUAUCGACCGAUGCGGCGAAAAUAAUCACUCGGUUCUUGAUCAUGGCGAUAACACGACUUUUAACGAUAUGAUUCGGAUAUCGACCCGAAAAUAAUCGGCCUGCUGGCCUAUCUAUUCUUCCGUUCGCGCUGCAUCUUAACUGACAAAGAUUGCUCUCCCCUUAAUCAUUGUUUUCGUUUUUAUUCUAUCAUCGUGCUAUACAGUCUCAUUAUUUGUAUUCAGUUAAUUUUUCUUCACUUAUGUUAUUCUUUAAUGAAGCAUUACAAUUUUUUUUUACAUUUUAUAGUAUCGCUUUGAAAAUUUCAUUGAAUCAUAGAAUGUGUAGGAGCUCAGUGUUGAGCAUUUUAAGCAGCUCUGUCAUUCUUGGUUAAGAAGCCGGUAUAAAAAAUUGUUGUUUCAUCGCAAAAUGUGUCUUGAUUGUGGUAAUCCCAAUACUUAACUAUUUUUUUCAUAUUUUUUUCUGGCUUUGUAUAGAAUCCAUUUUAUUUUGGUUUGGAAGAAACACAUAAAAUUUAGCUCCUUUUUCCAGCCUAUUUGCAGGAAGCUUGCAACUAGUAUAAUGCAAGUCUACUGUCUCUUAAUGAAUUGUUCUAAAAAAUUUCAAAAAUGCUAUGAGGUAUCUUUCAGUUAAACAGUGGAUAGAGUUGAGUUUUUUUAAUUCAAUGAGAAUUAUUAAAUAUUCUCCCUAAAAUCUUGUCUGAUUGAAUUUAUUACAACACAUAAAAGUUGGUUCAGGAACAAACAGAAAUUUUCAACCAGCUUGAAAGACUUACUUUUACCUGAACAUGUUCAUAUUUAUUCAAAACUUAAAGUAUUUUGCAACAUUUUUUUUAAAAUCACCAGCCAACCUUUUCAAGGUUGCAUUUUUGUUUGGAAAAAGUGAGGUGAGUUUUUAUUUGUUUGCUUUCACUUUUCGCCAUUGUCCUUUUUUUUUUCUCUCUCUCUCUCUCCCUUAUGUACUUCUUCCAGAUGUAUUUAAUGAGCGGGGCUCUAAAAUUAGGACGUACAAAGUGUAACAAUUGAAAGCAUGAACGGUUACGUCUCUCUUUUAAGAAAAUAAAAAAAGUGUUUCACUUUGUUUUUAGAUCCAGAGAUUCUUUGUAGCCUCUGCUACACUCAACUCAUCUUUCACUGUAAUCUAGAAGAAAUCCUGCUUUAAAGUUGGUUUGCUUAGGUCUUUUCAUACGACAAGAUUUUUCAUUUCAUUUCUUUUAUUUCAAUGUGAUGAGCAACUCUGCUUCUCGUACUUAACAUGACACUGUGCAAGGUCCGUCUGAUUUGCUGCAUGAGAAAAAUUGGUACUGCUAGGUAAAAGAUGCAUGAUAUGAAGCACGUCAGGGCAAUUUUUUUAAGUAUUUGAGACUCCAUGAGGAAGUUUUAAAGCUUCAGUAAUUUAUUUCUCAACAUUAUUCAGUGUUGUCUCUUUUUUUUCUUUUGUUUUUUAUGGUGCUACAAGUUUUAGUUUUCUGUAGGAUAGAGAAGGAAAUAAGAGAAAAAUCAGUAUUCUUAUCUCUAGUUUACCUAGUGUUUUAUUAUCUUUUUUUUUCUUUUUGUACAUAAUUCUAUUAUUUUUUAAGGCUACUUGAUUUUAAAUCCAAAAAGGUUAAAAACUGAAUAUUUAAUUCUCAUUACUUCUUAUUUAUUUUUUCUUGAACCCUUGUUCCUUCUUUAUUUAUUUUUAAAAUAAAUUUUCAGAGCAUUUUAUCGAUCAGUAAUGUUUGGUAGCAGCAUAAUGUCUCAAUUGUUGUACCUCCAUCUGUCAAUAAUUUCUUUCUCUCUUCUGUAAUCAAUUUUACUUUCAAACCAGGUAGAAGCAGUUCUCAAUUGACUCAAAAUGCCAGAAUUAUAAAUAAUCAAUGUUAUAAUUUCACUAAUAAAUUGUGCCAUUCAAAAUGAAUAAAAUGCAGGGUUUAUAUUACCCAAGUCAUUGAUUUAAAAAUACAUUUGCGUAAUUUAGAUCUGAUCCAUCUUCAAGUUAAUGUAUUUAUGAAGCAAAAUAUGCGAUUAUGAGAUUUUCCUCCUAAACUUGCUAGUUUAACUCUCUUCAAUAACUACCCCCGGUUAGCAUGUAAGAAUAUUCCUGAAAAUUCGUCCUCAUUUUAAGUCAUGAGACAACUAUCCCGGUUUUGAUCCUGAUUAAAUUAGAUCCAUCCAUCAGGAGAAGUACACCAUAAAGUAACUUAUCCUUAGACAAGAUAUGAAUAGAUAAUUGAAGUAAGUAAAGUGAGUAAUGGAGCAAUUCGUUUCAUUUUUAGAGCACUUGAAAUUCCAAGCUGCAACAGACUUCAAGCUAGUAAGUAAGUUUUAGUAGACACCUCAUUAAAAUUAAACCAUGAAAAGAAAAUGGCGAAAAACUCAUUUUUGUAAUUAUGUAAACCUUUCCAGGAGUAUGUCCUGAAGAAUAAAAAAUUAACUCUGGUGCAAAUUGAUGAGGGUAAUAAAUCACUCCACUAAUCAUUAGUAGUAAAAGUUAUGACCAAGAUUUAAUUUUUUUCCAAUUCCAAGGACUGGCUGGUCGGCUUGUUUGAGAAUUCACAACUUUGUCCAAAUACUUAAAGCCAUUUUGUUAACUUCUCCCUUACAUAGGCUUAGCUCAAAAUUUCUCAAUUCAGUGUACGCCUGUAAGUGAGCUAUGACAGGGACAGGCCUAAGGGAUAAAAGACCAAGACAAAGUUUGCGGAGCUACCAAACAAGCCAGCCUUUCGGUCAAUUUGCCAACUUCAUGUCUUUUCAGUUUCCUUUUAUGUAACAAGUGUCUUUCUGAUGCAAAAAGCAAAUGAAAGAGGAACUCUGCUUAAUAUGUUUGAAACAAGGUUGUUGCAAGUUAAUAACUUGAAUCAUUUUUAUGUAUGUACUAAGACAGUAGGCCACAAAUCAUUCAUCACUUAUUUACUAGUUACCUUCAUUAUGUUCCGAUCUUAAAUUACUUUUAUUUGUAUUACAUUUUCUCCUCAUUCUAUUUUUUUUUUUUCAGUUUAAAAGCAAAACGUUGCAAGUGAAAAUGAUUGUGAAAUUUAAAGACUUCAGCUUUUUUUUUCAAUUAAAAGAAGAGAUGCAUUAUGUUGCAACAAUAUCUGGAAAUCAAUACAGGAUAUUUUUUAUCAUUUGUAGAAUUCGCGACAGAUAAGUUGGCAGUUGCAUACUUUCCGUUCACAAGCAACUGUGCUGCUGUUGUCCUACAGCAAGCAAGGAUUGACCAGGAGCCACAACGAUGCCCUUGUGUCGUUGUGCGCUGAUACAGUAAACCAAAACCUUCCUGAGCGGGGAUAUUGCCAAAUCUGUCUACUGUGCGUGUCAGUGAAAAGUGAACGAUUGCUAACCGAUCAGAUGCAAAUUCUACCUUGCUAGAAAUCCCAAAAGGAGUGAAUAAUCUCUUGUUACAAUCAUCUCUAGACGAAUUAUAGUUUUUGUACUUUUCUCUUUAUCGGAAAUUUAACCUUAGUUAAGUAUUAUUAUCACUGAUACUUAGUUUCUCAUGAAUUUGAACAGUGCUAUGAUUAUUUCAUUGUAAAUAUUAAUACUAAAUGUAAAUAGGAAAUUACUUAAUUGUAUCAGGGUGUAAAAUAUAUCUGUGCAAUUUAGUACUGGAGAUAAAAUUUUUCAUCCAAUUUUUCCCUCUCAAGGCUGUAAUUUUAAGCUGUAGUGAUUUGUUCGUGAAUCCUUGAUCGGUAAGUAUUGCUAAUUGGUCCAUUUAUAACAAAUGAAUGCAAACUUUCUCCUGAAACUCAAUACUUUCAAAUGAGAAAUGUUCGUGUUACCAUCUGCUACAGCUAUAUUAAAUCAAGAUCCAUGCUUUAGCCAGGUUUUUGUGUUGUGUAUCAGUGACUUAAAUUGUAAACAAUUUCGAAAUACUCUAAGCAAAUAUCCCUGUGUAAUUAUCUAUGCUUGUACAUAAUACAUCCUUUAGUAAUUGUUAAAAAGAUUUUUUGUACAUACCCUCUUGUGUGGAAAGUGAAGGAGAACGUUAAAGUAGCUCUCUCAUUUCCUUAACUUCUAGCUUUCUUUAUAUUAAAGACAGGGUCUAAGUCCGAAUUCCUUCAAGACAAGUUUUCUUUCUCUUGGCUUUCUCUCUAAUUUUUUGAGAAAGAAAUCUUAAAUUUCCUACCUACUUUUGGGGCAAGCAAAAAGGCAUCUCUUCAUAGUUUGUAGAAUGCUUAAUCAUUGAACAUGGAAAUAUGUCAAGAUACUUUAACCUAUGGCUAUUCCUGGAGACAUACAUCGGUUGGAGUGUCUCAAAAUCUCUGCUGUUCGAAUUUUCUAUGAGAAAAGAAAUAAAUUCAAUUGUCUUAGAAAAAUUCUCACAGAGAAAAAAGAAAUUAUGGAAGUUCUUAAAUAAAAUGAUGUGAAUCAAUUUGCAUCUGGAAAAAAAGGAUGAUCACCACUGGUAAUUUGCAACGUCUUUUACUGAGGUAUGUAAAUUCAGAGUUCAGCCAUCUACAAACAUAAUAUUGUUAUUUCUCGCCAAAUAUUGUAGAGUUGAUGCUUCAGUUACUCUAGUUAACUUUAAUCGGUUAGUUCUUAGACAGAAUUCACAACCAACCCAUGAUUGAAAUUUUUUCUUAGUCAAUGGAACCUAAUAUAAUCCAUAAAAAUCGUUUGAUGACAUUUAGCUAGCUAUCAGUUCUUUCUAGUUUAGUUGAUUUCAGUCGAAAUUUCAAUCCAAUGAGCAAGUAACAAGAUUCAAACAAUGAUUGCUACCUUUCUAUUUCAUUAUUGUCAAAUUAUGUUCUGUCAACUAAGACAAAAGGAAUCGGCAAGCCUCCUAGGGGAAUUUCUUGUCUUCUGGUCGACUUUGAUAUAACUUAUGCAUGUUUCACUUUCUUCAUCAUGCAGAAGAAAAGUUCUCCUGGAGGCUGGGAAAUUCCAUGAGUCAUUUUUUAGUUUUUCUUGCUGUGCGGUUUAAACUAGCCCAAAACAAGUAAUAGAAAUAUAUGAAUAGUGGCAAACGAUGAGAUGCUAAUAUGUUGAAGCUCUGGCCUUAAAUGAGCCUUGAAUCUAAAUAAUAAAGUUACUCAACUUUUUCAGAAAAUGCAUUUUAGGACGAGACUCCUUCAAAAUGACCAAUAUCACAAUAUUUUUGAAAAUUGUCACUCAUCUCAUCCACCUGCAAUAAGCUUCAUUUGGGUGUGUUCACAGCAUCUCUUGCUUGAAUUCUUAAGGAAUGAGCGACAUUGGCUCAUAAUUGGUCACUCCAUUUUCAAAUAUCUCCGAUCAUUGAGUUAAUGAAGGGCUCCGACUCAAGUGCUUUAAUAGAAGAAUUUUUGGUUGAAAUCAAUUAUUUGGAUUUGAUAGUUAGGAAUAUGUGAGGAAGUUCUUUUAUUAGCUUCUCCUGUUGUUGCAAUAGGUUUGCUUGCCCUGAGGGUGAUGUGUAUAUAAUCUAGCAACUUUCUUCGUUAAAAUGUACCUAUCCCUGAUGAUUGUCUCGUGAAAUAUAUUUUAUGUAAUCUACUUGAGGUUGUAAAUAUAUCUCAUUUAUUUAUUUCUUAUCAAGUUGUGUAGAUCGUCGAAACUUAAUUUAUUGAAUUAGGAUAGGUAAUGCAAAUAAUCCGCAAUAUAGCCCAAGAUUUGCAUAAUGUGAUUAAGUAUAAGCAGGUCUUAGAAGCAAAUCUUUUUUUUCCCCUUUUAAUUUUCAUCUUAAAAAAUGUAAAUAAUAAAAGUAUUCAGAAACGAGUGCACUUUCAAAGUGCUUUCUUUCAAAGGAAGUGUCUCAAAGUAAUAAAUUUUAUUAUGGAGAAGGAAGAAAAUACUUGCAAAUGAAUGCUAACGCAAAUUCUGUUAAAUAUGUAGGUAUGUAAUUGAGAAUAUUUUUGUUAUUUUCUUAAUAUGUUUUAUAAUUCUUUUAAUAUUUUUUUAGUUUCUUCUUUAAAACUAAAAUUUUUUUAUCUAAACUGUUCUUUGUUAUCGACUUAUCAAAUCUCCUAUUUUUAGUAUUAAUGUUCAAUUUAAUAAAGACUUCCAAACUUUCAUGUA